GAUAGGAGGAAAACCGCGCUGUUUUUUCGAAACUCAUGCGAUGCCUGUCAGUGCCGGUAAGUGUUUCGCGGUCCAAUGAUUGUAGACAUGUCAUCGAGGUUCUGUUCUGCGAGAUCAUUUUCUUCUAUUAAAAAUGCAGUUGCCAGUGGGGUGGCCGUGAAUACGUGCAUGGUGGCCACGGCCACGGCCACCAUUGGCCACCCCCUGGCUCCGCCCCUGGUUAGAGGGUGACACGGGAGUGGAUUUUCAAACCUCUCCCAUCCAAAUCCCGCCAAAAAAAAAAGGGGGGAAAAUCCCGUCUCGUCCCAUUCCCGUGUUUUUUUUUCCAUUCAUUUAAUCAGCCGUACCAAAGCAAACAGAUUAUAUUUUUAUUUAUAUCAAAAGGUAUAUUUGUGUAUUCCCGGUCCCGCCCACUCCCGCUGGCAUUUUUUUCCUGUCCCGUUUUGUGUGUGUGUGUGUGUGUGUCUGCGUCUCUGCCCUUCCCCCCUCUGCAAGACAAAAGCUCCAUUUUGUGACGUAUGAAAACUAAAAGAUUUCAGGAGUAAAAACACAGGUUUAAUUUAACACACUGAUGUUGGAGUGAAGUAAACGUGUGUCCUGCUGUAAUCUGGAGAAGGAGACAUGACCUCCAACAUGAGUGUGUCUGGAAAACAGGACUUAAAGAAAGACGAGAGAAUGAUGAAGAGAAAGAGAUCAGAUUCACCAGAACCCAGCUGUGUGUCCAUGAAGAGUGACCAGUCAAUGGAUAAUCCAAUUGCCUUCAGACACAGAGGCAGUUCUACUAAUGUGAGACCACAAAAGAAGAAAUCAAACAGCAGCAGAACUCAGGUGGACUCCAUAUUCAAGGAGCUGGAACACAAAGUCAUCACUCUGAUAAAGAAUGAGCUGAAGAGGUUUAGGAAGCUCCUGAGUCCAGAUUACCCAGCAUGCACUGAGAGGGAGGUGGAGGAUGAGGAGGAUCUUCACAGUGUCAGAGAGGGAGUGCUGAAGAUCACACUGCACGUCCUGAAGAACAUGAACCACACAGAUCUCGCUAACACACUGCACAACAAACUCGCCUCUGUGUAUCAGACAAAGUUGAAGUCCAAGCUGAGAGAGAAGUUUAAAAGAAUUAAUGAAGGAAUCUCACAGUGUGGAAGCUCAGCACUUCUGAAUGAGAUCUACACAGAGCUCUACAUCACAGAGGGUUGGGGUGGAGACGUCAAUAAUGAACAUGAGGUGAGACAAAUUGAGACAGCGUCCAGGAGACCAGCAACACAGGAGAAACCCAUCAAAUGUAAUGAUCUCUUUAAAGACAAGUCCAUCAGAACUGUGCUGAGUAAAGGAGUUGCUGGAAUUGGAAAAACAGUCUCUGUGCAGAAGUUCAUUCUGGACUGGGCUGAAGGAAAAGCAAAUCAGGACGUCACCUUCAUGUUUCCACUUCCAUUUAGAGAGCUGAAUCUGAUGAAGCAGAAAAAUCUCAGUCUGAUGAAUGUUCUUCAUCACUUUUUCCCUGAAAUGAGAAAACUAGAAUCAAUAGACUGUGACUCCUACAAAGUUUUGUUCAUCUUUGAUGGUCUGGACGAGUGUCGACUUCCUCUAAAUUUCCAGAAGAAUGAGAUAUUGUGUGAUGUGACAGAGUCAGUCUCAGUGGAUGUGCUUCUGACGAACCUCAUCAAGGGGAAUCUGCUUCCCUCUGCUCUCCUCUGGAUAACCACAAGACCAGGAGCAGCCAAUCAGAUCCCCCCUGAGUAUGUAGACCAGGUAACAGAGGUACGAGGCUUCAGUGAUCCUCAGAAAGAGGAGUACUUCAGGAAGAGGAUCAGUAAACAGAGCCUGGCCAAUAAAAUCAUCACUCACCUGAAGUCUUCAAGAAGCCUCUACAUCAUGUGCCACAUCCCAGUCUUCUGCUGGAUCUCAGCUGCUGUUCUAGAGGGAAUGUUUGGUGAAGCAGAGGGUGGAGAGAUCCCCAAGACUCUGACUCAAAUGUUCACACACUUCCUGAUCUUUCAGAUCAAACACAAGGACCAAAAGUACCAUCAGAAAUGUGACCCUGAUCCUCAGCAGACCAGAGAGAGUAUCAUGGCACUGGGAAAACUGGCUUUCCAUCAGCUGGAGAAAGGAAACCUGAUCUUCUAUGAGGAAGACCUGAGAGAGUGUGGCAUUGAUGUCAGAGAAGUGUCAGUGUACUCAGGAGUAUGUACCCAGAUCUUCAGAGAAGAGUUUGGGCUUCACCUGGGGAAAGUGUUCAGCUUUGUACAUCUGAGUGUUCAGGAGUUUCUGGCUGCUUUAUACAUGUUUUUCUCCUUCAUCAGAAGAAAUGUAACAGAUCAUCAAACCUCUGACCUGUCUGAUCUUUUCAGGAAGUCAAACAUGUCUGAUCUCCUCAGGAGUUUAGUGGACAAGGCCUUACAGAGUGAGAAUGGACACCUGGACCUUUUCCUGCGCUUCUUUCUGGGUCUCUCACUGGAGUCCAAUCAGACUCUCUUACGAGACUUAAUGCCACAGACAGGAAGCAGAUCUCACAGCAAACAGGAAACAGUGGAGUACAUCAAGGAGAAGAUCAGGGAGAAUCCAUCUACAGAGAAAUCCAUCAAUCUGUUCCACUGUCUGAAUGAACUAAAUGAUCAUUCACUAGUGCAGGAAGUACAAACUUACCUGAACAGAGGAGGUGUCUGGUGUCUCAGUGGAACCAGACUCUCUCCUGCUCAGUGGUCAGCUCUGGUGUUUGUGUUACUGACCUUGGAACAGAAGCUGGAUGUGUUUGAAUUGAGGAAAUAUGAUCGAUCAGAUGAAUGUCUUCUGAGGCUGCUGCCAGUGGUCAAAGCCUCCAGAAAAGCUGAUCUGUUUGGGUGUAAUCUGACAGAGGAAAGCUGUGGAGUUCUGUCCUCAGUUCUCAGCUCAAACUCCUCCAGUCUGAGAGAACUGAACCUGAAUGACAAUAAACUGCAGGAUUCAGGAGUGAAGCUGCUCUCUGAUGGACUGAAGAAUCCACACUGUACACUGGAGAUACUUAGUCUGCAUGGGUGUAAUCUGACAGAGGAAAGCUGUAGAGUUCUGUCCUCGGUUCUCAGCUCAAACUCCUCCAGUCUGAGAGAACUGAACCUGGGUUUCAAUAAACUGCAGGAUUCAGGAGUGAAGCUGCUCUCUGAUGGACUGAAGAAUCCACACUGUACACUGGAGAUACUGAGGCUGUGGAAGUGUAAUCUGACAGAGGAAAGCUGUAGAGCUCUAUCCUCAGUUCUGAGCUCAAACUCCUCAAGUCUGAGAGAACUGAACCUGAAUGACAAUAAACUGCAGGAUUCAGGAGUGAAGCUGCUCUCUGAUGGACUGAAGAAACCACACUGUACACUGGAGAUACUGAGGAUGUGGGACUGCAGUAUUACAGAUAAAGGUUGUGCUGCUCUGGCUUCAGCUCUGAGGCCAAACUCCUCAUCACACCUGAGAGAACUGGAUCUGAGGAAUAAUAAUCCAGGAGAAUCAGGAGUGAAUCUGCUCUCUGAUCUACUGAAGGAUCCACACUGUAAACUGGAGACACUACACAUUAAGAAUAAGACACUCACCAGGUCUGGUGUAUGACAGGAGUCAUCAGAUAUUUUGUCCAGGAUAAAUCAGUUAUGGUGGUGAAGCGUUAGAACAUGUCCCACAUUUCCAGCAGUUUGGGAGCCGAAUCAUUCAUAUUCAGAUGUAGAAGAUCCAUAACAAUAACUGUGACUGAUCACAUCCUUUUAUCCUCUCAGCUACAACUUCACACUUUAAUAUAUUUUACAAUCCAGAGUAAAAAAUAAAAACUUAUGAUACUCAAACUUGUUAUUUCAUAUCUGAUUUUGUCUAUAAAGUUUUCUACAUUUCCUGUCCAUACAAUAAAGUCAGUCCUUGUCUUGCAUAUUUUUCAUAUAUCUCUUCUUUUCUUUCUUUGUUUCUCUCUCCACACGUCUAUCACAUUGUUUUCACUCAUUAGAUCCUUUAGUUCUUUACUCCGUACUGUAUACGAUUUAAAAACCAUCCCAUCUGCCAUAUUGAGUUUACUGAAAACAGAGUUAAAGUCUGCCAUCAUUAUUAUUUCUUUAUACUUCAUGCUAUUGUUUUUUUGCACUCUUCUGAUUCUGUUCCUUCUUCUACUUAUUCUUAUGGUUGCAAAGGGGCGGGAAAUUUCCUGUGUGUGUGAGACGAUUCUAUAGAAUAACUUGAAAAAAGCUUGUAAAACAUUUAUACAAUUCAAUGCACAGAUAUAGAAAUAAUUAGUUAAACAAUUGGGAUAUUUUGGAAUAAAAACAUUUUACAAUUGAUGCAAUUGAAUAGAAAUAUUUGGAUGAAUAAAUACAUCUCAAUCA